GGACUUCGAAACGAUCACUCGGGACAAACAAAAAAAAAAGGAAAAGUAACUGUAGAAAGUCCCGGUGGCGGUACGCGGUCGGAAGGAGGAGGAGGCUGCGUAACCCUAUUUCGCUAUUACUCGGAUCGUCGAGAUUGUGUGACCGCAGACCGCACCUGAUCAACCGGGACGGACCGCGCGUGCAAGAGAAGUUGGAUUUAUUCGCCCACAGUCCGCGGGGAGAUCCGGGCGACAUGCAGCGCGCGACUCGGGAGAUCAACGCCGGAGUUCUCGGCACCUCGCGCGGCGCCCCUUGACUUGGCAGUUGCCGCAUCUUCAACUUGUGUUGCGGGUUGGAGUUUUAAACAGUUUCUGCCGCUUCUCUGUUGACCGGCAGUCUCUCGCUCUCCGUGUGUCCUUUUAACGUCGCGCUGUUGCGCGUUAACCCCCCCGACAUGUCACCGAGAAGCAAAGUGUGUUCGGUGCUGAGUGAACGCGCCGCUACGACUUGUGUCUGAGUCCCGGGCGACAUAAAAGUUCACCCGCGGGUCGCCUUUGAUUUCGAGUUGGACACCCGGAGGAGAAAGUUGGACUGGUGAGCUUGUCCCGAAUCACUGUGACUGGGAUGGGACACGUUUCGACCGCACCGCAGUCGCCAUCGACCGCCUCCCUCCUCGUACAAUAAGACGGUCCGUGCGCUUCCAGGGGGAGGGGGGGUGUGUCUCCAUCUCCCCGAAGCCGCGUUAGCGUCCCGGUUUUCGGGUACGGGGAGAAGAGGGAGAGAGCCCAACGGCCGCGCUAUUAAAACUGGAUACAAAAUGGCGGCGUCCCUGGGACGAAUUGGAUCCGUUUCUCCCGGUGUUUUUUAUUUACUUUUGUCGCUCGAACUGUUAGCGGGUCCUGGAUUAGGUUCGCCUUUGCCGUGCGCCCAGAAUUGUACCUGCGACGGGGAUUCAGUGGACUGUAGCGACCGGGAGCUGACGGCUGCGCCUCUGGACCUUCCGGUCCGGACUGUCUCCUUAAACCUCGGCCGCAACAAGCUGACUUCCAUCGACGUUGAAGCUUUUGACGGCCUUCCCAACUUGAGAGAGCUGCGCCUGGACCACAAUGAGCUGACCUCCAUCCCAGAUUUAGGACGGGCCGCCUCAAGGAUCGUGUCCCUCUACCUGCAUCACAAUAUGAUCGGCAGCAUAGACGGCAGGCGGACCAGAGAGCUGUCUUCUGUGGAAACCCUGGACCUGAGCAACAAUGACCUCACUGAGCUCCGAGGGCACUGCUUUCCCGCGGGCCUCCAAAUCAGAGACCUGUACCUGAGCAACAACAAGAUCAGCGUGUUGGAGCUCGGCGCUCUGGACCAUCUGGGCUCGACUCUCCAGGUCCUGAGGCUGAGCCGAAACCGCAUCGGCCAGAUCCCCGUGAAAGCCUUCCAGCUCCCGAGGCUCACCCAGCUCGAGCUGAACAGGAACCGUAUUCGUCAGGUGGAGGGUCUGACCUUUCAGGGUCUGUCCAGCCUGGAGGUGCUCAAGCUGCAGAGAAACAGCAUCACCAAACUGACCGACGGGGCCUUCUGGGACCUGGCCAAGAUGAAAGUCCUUCACCUGGACUACAACAGCCUGUCGGAGGUGAACAGCGGCUCCCUGUACGGCCUGUCCUCGCUUCAGCAGCUGUUCCUCAGCAACAAUCGUAUCGCCCGCAUCAACCCCGACGGGUGGAAGUUCUGCCAGAAGCUGAGGGAACUGAAUCUGUCGCACAACAACUUGACUCGUCUGGACGAAGGCAGUCUGGCUGUGCUCGGGGAUCUCCACUCUCUCCGUCUGGGGCACAACUCCAUCAGCCACAUCACAGAGGGAGCCUUCAGAGGCCUCAAGGCCGUACGCAUUCUGGAGCUGGACCAUAAUGACUUUUGGGGCCCAAUAGGGGCCACCCCCGGGCCCUUUUUUGGAUGGGACACCCCAAACAACCUGGGGGGGACUCUGUUUGGAAACAAGAUCAAGUCGGUGGCCAAGAAGGCCUUCUCUGGCCUGGAAGCCCUGGAACACCUGAACCUGGGACACAAUGCCGUUCGUUCCAUCCAGCCCGACGCCUUCAGCAAAAUGAGGAACCUCAAAAGCCUUCUCAUUCAGAGCGACAGCUUCCUGUGCGACUGCCAGCUGCACUGGCUGCCCGGCUGGCUGGUGGCACGCGGCCUGCAGGUCGCUGUCAAUGCCACCUGUGCCCACCCGGAGAGCCUGAAGGGCACCAGCGUCUUCCAGGCUCCGUCCAGCAGCUUUGUGUGUGAUGACGUCCCGAAGCCCCAAAUCACCGUGCAGCCGGAAACGUCCGUCACGGUCCUCGGCAGCGACGUGCGUCUCACCUGCACGGCCGCGAGCAGCAGCAGCUCCCCAAUGACCUUUGCGUGGCGUAAGGACCAGGAGCUGCUUCGCCACGCAGAGAUGGAGAACUAUCACCACCACGCGCCCGGUGCGGCCGGAGGCGUGAUGGAGUACACCACCAUCCUGCACCUGCGGCACGUCACCUUCGCCCACGAGGGCCGAUACCAGUGCAUCAUCACCAACCACUUUGGCUCCACCUACUCCACCAAGGCCCGCCUCAUCGUCAAUGUUCUGCCGUCCUUCGUGAAGACUCCGCGGGACGGCACCAUCAGGAUGGGCCACACGGCGAGGCUGGAGUGCGCCGCCGAGGGCCACCCGACGCCGCAGAUCGCCUGGCAGAAGGACGGCGGCACGGACUUCCCUGCCGCGCGGGAGCGCCGCAUGCACGUCAUGCCCGACGACGACGUGUUCUUCAUCACGGACGUCAAGCCGGAGGACAUGGGCCUGUACAGCUGCACCGCCAAGAACACGGCGGGGACCGUGUCCGCCAACGCCACCCUCACCGUGCUGGAAACCCCACACCUGGACCAGGACCUGGAGGACCGCAGCGUGGUGGUCGGGGACACCGUGGCCCUGCAGUGCAAGGCCCUUGGCAGCCCGCCGCCCCGCAUCACCUGGCUGCGCAACGACCAGCCGCUGCGUCCCUCCGACAGGCACCACUUCACGCCGGGGAACCAGCUGCUGGUCAUCGGCUCCGCCUCGCUGGAGGACGCCGGGCGCUACACCUGCCUCAUGUCCAACACGCUGGGCACGGAGCGCGCCCACAGCCAGCUGGUGGUGAGCCGGAAACGCGGCGCCUGCCCACCGCCACCGGGCCUGAGCACGGUCACCGUAGGGAUCGUGGUCAUCGCCGUGGUGACGAGCAUCGUGGUGACUUCGCUGGUGUGGGUGUGCAUCAUCUACCAGACGAGGAAGAAGAGCGAGGAGUGCAGCGUCACCAACACGGACGAAACCAUCGUUCCUCCGGACGUACCGAGCUACCUUUCCUCCCAGGGCACGCUGUCCGAGCGGCAGGACGUGUGCAUCCGGGCGGAGGCCGGCGGCGGACCUCAGCCCAACGGACACAUCGAGGACCCCGCAGGUUUCGAGGGCGCGGCGGUGUGCACAGACUGCCUGGACAGCGGCAGCAGCUACUCCAAAGACUCCGACUACCUGACGCACAGCUUCGGCCACGCCGCUGGCCUGGAGUACCAGCAGUACUCUGUUCCCCCACCGUACUCCCACUGCUACCCGGUGGAGCACCGUGAGGCGGGGCCACGCUCAACCUCGCUCUGCAACGGGACACCCAACGGGAUCCGGAGGGACGGAUCCGCGUUUCCAAAAAACCACAACGCGUUACAGCUGAACCAACAGGAUAAAAAAGUGGGCGGGGCGGGACAAACGCCGGCGCGCUCCCCAUCACCGGAGGACUCCUUCCACAAGCCGGUGAAACUGUCCGGCAGCCUCGACAGCGACGGCGAGUCUGAGCUCAGGCAGACUCUGCUGUCCAACGGACACGCCCACCGAGGCUCUCCGAAAGAGAGCGCCCCCCUAAGGAGAACCAGCGACUAGCAGGCGCUCCCCCCCCCCAGCCCGAAAGCUGACUUUUUUAUUUUGUUUGCACUGGGAAAUAAACUGCUACCUCACGUCGAGGUGAGUUCAUCCUGAGCCUCCUGGAUCUGGACUGAAGAGAAGCACCAGGAGAGGGCAACCGGAGUGUGAAGGGCGGAGCUUGAGUGGGUGGCGUCCCAUCUGAGCGUAUCAGCUGUACAUAGUUUAAAAACUUUCCUUUGGGAGGUGACCAAUACAAAUUCUAGCUCCAAAAAAAUGUGACUUGCAUUUGAAGCAUGUAAAUGUGGGGAAUCUUGUACAGUAUAUGUAUGUGCAGAAGGGGGGAAAGAGAAAUAUGCCUUUGGACAUUUGACUGUACAUAAGAGUUUUCUUAUAUUAUAUAUUAUAUAACUUUUACAAGAGAGUAUUUGAAUUUAUGUGCAUGACAAAGAAAGGAGUGAUUUUAUUUUUAUUCAAAAACAACACAAACAGCCUUUUUCAGCUUUUACCAACAUUCUGCUGCGGUGCCUUAAUGCAUGAUCAAAGAAAAAAAAACCAACUUGUGAACGCAAACGUCGAGAGAGACCUUUUUCUGAGAUACUGGUUACGCUCUUUAUAGCAAACAAAACACACAAUUGAUUGCACUUUCUUUUGGGACAACAGAAGCACAGCUCACAUCCAUCUUGUCAGCUGUAUGAAGGAAGAGCUUUGAUGUAAAUUAUUUUUCGGUACGUCUGAGCCGGGAUAUUGGUAGUUUAAGCACUUUCUGUAUUUGCGUCGUAAACGAGUGGAUUGUUGUCUGCAGAUUGGAGAGGAACCUCCUUUGUUCCCUUCAGGCUCCUCCACCCGUUUCUCACAAUACUGAGAAUACCAGAGAAGCUGCUCUGUGGUGGUCAGCGGACAAAAUAUUUUGUCUCUGACUCAGAUUAGUGUCCUCAUUCGUCUAAGAAGGUGCGAGUCCAGUUUUGAUGGGUUGUUUUUUUUUAACUCUAAAAGCCAGUAAGGUCACAUUCACUAUAAAACCUACAGCUACGUGCACUCGAGCACGGAUAUCGCUUCCGUGUCACUGCUGUAAUGUUCCUCAACUACGUCCACCGUGGUGCAUUCACAGUGCGAGCCGUGUUCCGUUACCAGCGGCCUUUGUCACGGUGAACUGGGAGGACGCGCCUCCUCGGUUACACCUGGCAGCACCUGUCGGAGGUGGUUUUUUACCAGCGAGGUAAAAGGGACAAGAGGGAGAGAGGUGAAGUUCACGUAAUUUAUUGAAAGCAAAAUAAAGUGAAAACCGUUUUCCCGAUGUCAAAGCUGAAGCCGUGAAGUGUCUAACGUGGCAUUGAAGUGUCUAAUAAAAUCACAUUUUGCCAUUA